CUGACUUUGGUGCGUCAGGGUCUGGUCUUGCUCUCUUUAAGCGGUCUUUGGCCUUCUCAUUCUGGAGCUUGUUGGAAAUGAGCGUGUUUCUAUUCAAUCUCGAUGUUUGUCCUUGGGUCAGAGAGUCGCGGUUGGAACAUCAGAAGAGGAACAAGCAUUCAUUUUACCCGAUCUCGUUCCUCGAGGAGCAAUUAAGAUGUGAAAGUGAUACUUAGUCAGCCAAAUUCAAUUCCAAAUCCAUAAUGUGCUCGUAGUAGAAGCUAAAAAUAAGGCGUGAUACAAUGUAUUAGUCACAACCAAACUAUAGUUUUCCAAUGUUGAAUUAAGACACCAACGUUUUGACGAACGUGAAAAUGAUCCAAAGUGAUCCAAGUGCGAAUUGCGUUUCCAUUCUUGCUAAUGGAUCAUGGGAGCAAGUGGGUUUCAACGAAAACUGCACCAAUCUUCUCCGGCCUCACAUUCCUUCAAUGGCCGCCAUCUUGGAACAUAUUGCCUCGCCCAACUUCUCACGAGAUGACGAACUUCCAAUGUCGUUCCAAGAGCCUUCCAUCGAUCCGUUGGACUCUACGGAAUCGAGUUCGGAAGAGAGCCCUUUCCAGAUGACUCAAGUGGCCGACACAAUAUGGACGUUCGUGUUCAGCACCAUGAUCGUCAGCGCCAUUUUCGGCAAUCUGGUGGUCUUCUGGAUUGUUUUGGCUCAUCGUCGCAUGCAAAACGUGACCAACUAUUUCUUGGUGAACCUAAGUUUGGCAGAUCUGAUGAUGUCUUGUUUGAACACAAUAUUCAACUUCAUCUUCAUGAAAAAUCGGACGUGGAUUUUCGGUUCAGUCUACUGUACCAUCAACAACUUCAUCGCCUACUUAUCAGUCGCAGUGUCAGUAUUUACCCUUAUGGCCAUAUCCAUUGAUCGAUAUAUAGCCAUUGUUCGCCCACUCAAACCGAGGAUGUCCAAAACGUGUGCCCGCAUAUUUUUAUUGGCCAUCUGGGUCACUAGUAGUAUCCUGUCACUCCCAUCACUCCUCUAUUCAACCACGUGGACUUUUGCAUAUCGAGAGGGUCAAAACCUUACAGUGUGCCUUCUUCUGUGGCCCGAUGGACCACCCACAGUGUCAAAGCAAGAUUACAUGUACAACAUUCUCUACUUUGUCCUGACUUACUGUGUUCCAAUUAUCGCCAUGGGAGUCUGUUAUGGCCGCAUUGGAACAGUUUUGUGGGGAAAGGGAAUAAUACGCGAAAAUGCUUCGAGUGACAUGGCUCAGGAGAGAAAACUUCUUUCUAAAAGAAAGGUUGUCAAGAUGUUCAUCGUGGUGGUAAUCAUUUUUGCGGUGUGCUGGCUCCCCUACCAUAUCUACUUUAUCUACACGUAUCAUCACAAGGAAAUCGUUGCUCAGCCAUUCAUUCAACACGUCUACUUGGGCUUCUAUUGGCUGGCUAUGGCCAAUGCCAUGUUUAAUCCACUCAUCUACUAUUGGAUGAAUGCUAGGUUUCGAGGCUACUUUCUGGCUCUGAUCUCAUCUAUCCGAUUGAUUAUUUGCCAGCCAAGUCGUCUGUUCAAAAGAUCAGAUUCCAAAUCAUCUCUCACCAUUGGAGUUGUGCCUGUUAACCGAGGUGUGGUCAAAAUGGAGUUGGCACAAAUCGCUGUUAAAAGCCAUCAAAAGAGAAGUCAGCAAAACAUGGAUAAAGCUCUUCCCGGAGAGAGGGCCCAAUGCCAGAUUCAAACGGUGAAACGAUCUCCUGGCCGCAGUCCAUCCCCUUUUCUCGUGGUCUCGUCUACCAAUGAAUUUCAAGCGCCCGUGAACGUGCAGCGGUCCUUGCGGUCACAAUCACCCAGAUUAGGUUGUCACUUAGAGAUCGUUGGGAGUGCCACUUCAGACUCAAACUUGUAUCGCAAAAGAAGUACAGAUUCAACAAGAGUUAAAAUAAUGGUGAAAAGUCAACCAGGAUCUCCUCAAGACUUUGAUGAUUCAAUGUUCAGGGUGGCCAUUCCUUUCAGAAAUAAUCCCGUGUUGAGAUACCCGUAAUAAUACUCGACGAAUUUAAGCUUCGUCCUCUGUCAAACCAACAAAAAUGUGAUCUGUUGUUAUUGUCCGUGAAAAGUUUCUGGAGACGAACACAUUUAUUUGCUCAAGCAUUCUAUUUAUUCAUGUUUGAUCGUCAUCUAUCCCCAAAUAAAACUCCUUGACGCUAAAAUAAAAUCAUAGAGCCAGAUUUUGAAUGCCACCCCACUUGUUACAAUAUUUACGUAAUGAAUUGCACCUCAGAUUUUCAUAAAAAAUAUCAUAUUGAAUGAAAACUCCAACUAUUACCAAUGUUUAGACAAUAUAAAAUGAGCAAAG